GUUUGUCGCCGCAAAUUCUCUUUGGGCGACGUCGAUAGAAACUUUUUGUAAUAUUUUACUGAUAUUACAAUUCCAACUCAAAAAAGUCGUCACAUCUAUAUCCGUAAAAUAAAUUUAAGUUAAAUAACUACUGUAUAUGAUUAGUGUCUUGAGAUAUGCUCUAAAUUUUCAUCCUAUGCAAAAAUGGCUACGAUGGCUGCGAAAACAAAGAAAUGUUGUCCUAAUUGCAGUCAAUUUUAUCAACUAAAACCCUCACACCCAAGAGGGAAUAUACCAUUGCUUUUGACAUGUGGGCAUUCCAUGUGUGAAAAUUGUAUCAAGAAUAUUGUCAGGUUUGUAGAACCCAUUGAAUGCAAAAUAUGUCAUCGAGAUAUGGAAGUUAAGCCAUCAAACCUAACACUAUUGUCACAAAAUAAAAUCAAACUAUAUGACAUAUUUCCUGUCAAUGUCUUCAUGCUUGGUGAACUUACUUUACAAUCCAUGGAGGAAUCCAAUGAACAAACACGUAAAUGUGCAGAAACUGAUGACUUUUAUGUUGACUUACAAUCAAUAAUCAAAAGUACUGAAAAUACACAAGGUGAAUGUUUGGAGUGUCACAAACUAACAACUAAAAUGUGUCAACAGUGUGCUACAAUUUUGUGUGACACAUGCUUUAAUAAAUCACAUAAAAAUUUCGUCAUCUUUAGAAAUCAUCUCUUGACAAAUAUUGAACCAGCAAUGGAACCAAAUGUUUGUAAAAUACACAAAGAUAGACCAUUAGACUAUUAUUGCAAAGAUUGUUCCAAGAGUUUAUGUAUGGAUUGUAUGAUGGUUGGGGAGAAAUCAUGCAAAAACCAUAAUGUUGUGUCCAUACAAGAAAUAAAUAAUGACUUCUUAGAAGAAUUGUCACAGUUGUCACCAAAAGUUGAUGAGACUUUCAAAAGACUUACUAAAACUGCAGUAGAUAUUGGCAACUUGCUUCACAAUAUUGAAAAUGAUACAGGGUCAGCAUCAGAACUCACAAACAUGAUUAAUGAUAUUGAACAACAUUUCUCUAAGCUGUCUUCACAAAUACAAAAACAUAAGCAAGAAGUUAUAGGUAUAAUUGUCAAGUUGAAAUCUGCUGAAAAAGAUUCAUUGCAUAAAGCCAAAAAUGAUAUUGAGAAUUCUAUUAAAGUAUCCCACAAAAUGUUGAACAUCAUAAAGUCAACUUCGGAUGCAAAUAAAUCAAAACAGCUGAACCUAGCAACACUUUUGGAGAGUGCAAAGCAGAUUCUUGAAACACCAUGGUAUUUAAGUAGAGAUGAAAAAAAUACUGCAAGUCCUCUAAAGGUAAAAGUCAAUGAAGACCUGUGUGCAUUAGUCACAGACUAUAUACAUUUAGAAGGAAAUGUGAAGUCAGUCUAUAGGUUACAGUCUACUUCAGAUCUAGGACAAGAUUUUGAACUACCACCGCCACCAGUGGCACCCGUUUUUCCGCCUGAUUUGCCUAAGGAUGUUAGGCAGCAGAGUAAAAACAAGAAUAUAAAGAAGGACAAUUCUAAAUCUGGCUUUUACAAAGCAGUCCCUAAGUAUCAUACCAAAAGUGGAUCUGUUUCAUCACUCAACUCGUUAGACAGUGAUUCUUCUAAAAACUCUUUUAAGCAAGGUGAUAAAUUUCAUGGAGUUGUAGUCCAGCCGGUGUCGCCCUUUGCAGAAAGCCAACAUCCAAAGCAGUUACAUGAAGGAUCACAAGAAAUAAUCUACAUAUCGCAUAUCGUUGAUCCACACAACUUCUUCGUGCAAAGGGCAUGCCAUCAAAAGUUGGUAAAAGAUAUGUUACGAGAAUUCCGGAAUGCGACUUCAUUGCCAAAGCCUUCUAUCAGCCAUGUAGCAGAAGGCAAAGUGUACCUUAUGUUCAACAAGGCUGAUAACAUGUGGCAACGCUGCCGCGUUGUCAGUAUAGACCGAAGUAAUAUUGAUAAACCAUUGUACCAUGUUUUUUGCAUUGACUUCGGUAGUACUGAAGUGGUCAAUAUAGACAAAUUGCGACUUCUGCCUCCGGCUAGGCUGCAGUCACCAUUCCCACUGGCUAUUAAUUGUUCAUUGGCCAACUGUGUACCAAAAACUGGAGUUUGGACAAGUGAUGACGCUAUACUUAUCCAAAACAUUAUUGAUAACAAACAAGCUGUGAUUCAUAUACGCCGCAUUCAGUCUACGAGCGACUACACUGUCAAGCUUGAAUGUGAUGUGACAACUUUUGAAGAUGGUGUUAGUAUCGCGCACGCCCUAGUCUUCCACGACCGAGCCAAAAUGCCAAACCCUAAACUGCCGUAUCCGAAAUUACUGGGAAUCGUCGAAAGGCCAAAAUUGUUUUUCAGCAACAACGAUUAUAAACCAAAGUCUAUAGAAGAAGUGUAUAUCACACACAUUGUAAGCCCAGACAAAUUCUUUGUACGAAAGUGUCACUUGCAAAAUCUGUAUGAGAAAAUGUGCGAAGAGCUUGAACAAGAAUAUAGUCUUAGUGUCAACACUGGAACAAUAUAUCUUCCCGAAAUAAAUAUGGUAUGCGUGGUGAAUACUGAGAAAUACCACGUGGAAGGCGUAGCAGGCACAUGGGCCCGCGCUAUCAUCACCGAGUUGCCCGGCCGAGCUCGCGUUAGACUUCUGCUUCCGGACACCGGCGCUACGCUGUUGGCUCACUGCAGCGCGCUGCGACACAUCCAGCCGCGCUUCACCACCCAGCGCGCUUUAGCGACUGAAUGCUACUUGGCUGGCGUGACCCCUCAAAAUAAGAAAUGGAGUCCAGGUUCUGUUGCGUUACUACAAAAGUUUGAAGACCGGCUACUAGAGCUACACGUGGAAGACUGUCGUAACCGUGGUGGCCUCGGCGUCACGCUCUACGACAAGGCUGAUCCUGAUAACGAAAUUUGCAUCAACAAAGAAAUGAUCAAAUAUAAAUUUGCGGUCACAUUUGGUCUUUUCAGAUUUAACAAGAACGACAUAGAGGAACAAGUCAUUACUAAUAAAACACCACUAGACAAAAUCAACAACCAAGAGAAGAAAGACCAUAUUAAAAUAUUAAAAAAUGAACAUACAACUAAGAAGAAAAUCAAGGAAGAAGACUUAGAGGCGAAAGAUAAAGGACCAUUGAGAUUAGAGGUCAAAGUCUUGCAAUAUCAGUCACCGUCUCUUUUAUAUGUGGCGGUGAUUCACCAACAAAAAGUAUUUAAUGAGCUUUAUGAAAAAAUUCAAAAAUUCUACACAACAAGGAAAGCUCAAGGAAAGAAUGAUUGGAAUAUAGGUGACAGGUGUUGCUGCCUCUGUAACCAAUCGCAAACUUGGCGCCGUGCUGUUAUUAUAGAAUUCGAAAAAGAAAACGCAAAAGUAUUUUAUUCUGAUUUUGCUUGCAUUGAAACUGUACCUAUUGCUAAUCUGAAAGAAUUGGCUCCAGAAUUUUUAUCUAUCGGUGACGCGGCCAUCAAAUGUCAUCUGUAUGGUGUAAUACCAGCUGUUGGAGAAGAAUGGCCGUCGCUCACUAAAGAAUAUUUGAAGGAAUUGCUAGAUGCCUACAAAAGAGUGUUCAUAACCAAACAUGGCAAUUUUAAGAACAAAAGUAUGCCCGUCGAAAUUUGGGUGUACCAUACGAUUCAAGGUGGUGCUUUGGAACCAAACAAAUCAGAAUGGCGCUGUUUGAAUGACAAAAUAAUUGAACAAGGCUUGGGUAUUCCGGAUAAAACGAAUGAGAUGAAUACACCCACUGAACCAGUUAGCACCGACAGUGAAAUGUUAUCUUUUCUAAACAUUACUGGUUCGGUUCGCGAAUGGCUCCAAUUGGAACCACUUCCUGUUAACCCAUUGAUUUCCAAAUCCACUAAGUCAGAUUCCGAAAGUAAUACUCCAUCACCAGAUUAUUAUGAAGAAUCUUCUGGAAAAAUUGAAGAUAUAUUGCCACUGUCCAAUACAGUUUUCAUAUCAGAUUGGUUGCCACCAGAACCAUUACAAAGUAAAGAAUUCACUGGAAUGCCGACAUACAUUGACAAUGAUGGCAUCAUAUAUCUACAUGAUGUUUCACAACAGGAUACACUUGAUUUAAUUCGUAAAGCUCUUGAUGUCCGUUUUAAGGAUCCAGAUCCGAAAGCGAAAUAUGCUAAAUGGACGGUGGGUGAACCAUGCAUAGCUAUGUUCUUUUUGGACAAUCGCUUUUACAGAGGUAGAAUCUUAGAGGUAAAUGAGGAGACCUCAACUUGUCUCAUACAUUAUGUAGAUUACGGCAAUGAGGAGACCUGCACAUUCACAAAUUUAAGAAAAAGCAUUGCUUUAUAUCAAAUACCGAUACAAGCGCAUAAGUGCAUCUUGGAUCGUAUAAGACCAAUAGGCGCACAAUGGGAUAGGCAGACUUUAGAUUACAUCCAUAAAUCGGUGGUUGAAAAACAAUGUUUUAUAAAGAUUACUGGUGAAAAAGUUGAUGGUGUUUUACCUAUAGAAAUGAAAUAUGAUAAACUGUGGAUAAACGAUCACUUAGUUGAUUUUGAAAUGGCCUGUUACACUGACGGAAGUAAGCCUAUCGUUCGCAAAUAUGCGCCACCACCUGCACCUGAAGAUCUUCAAGAUAAUAAUGUAGCAGAGUCAGACUCAGGACCUGAUUACAUAAUCGAAGAUGAUACUGAAACUAUAGAAAACUCUAUAUCCCAAGAUUCAUUCCAAUUAGAAGCAAUGAUUGGUAAAGACUGGAAUGAGAUUGUAGACGAAGAUAAUAAUAAACAAUCAGAAGACCGUUACAUGGCUUAUCCUAAAGUCACCAAGAAAGAAUUCUUAUGUAAGAUUACUGUAAUCAAUGAUACUGAAACAUUAGAACUAAACGUUAUCCAUGACGAUGAAACAAAUUUACUAUAUGAAGAAAUGUUCGGAAAUCUCCAAAAAGAAGCAGAGUUGAUGCAUCCAAUGGAUGGUAUCUUUGAAAAUAAAGCCUGUAUAGCACUUUUCCCUGAGGACAAUCAGUGGUACAGAGCAUCUAUUUUACAGUACAGUGAAAGUAAGAAUCAAGUUAAAGUUCGGUAUGUUGAUUAUGGCAACAUAGAAACGAUUUCUUUGGCUGAUGUUAGAGAAAUACCAGAUGAAUAUGUGAAACUUCCUCCAGCAUCACUACAAGUAAGAUUGCAUGGUGUGAAAAUUAACCCUGAUAUUGAUGUGAAUUUAUUAUGUCAAGAAUAUAAUGAGACUUUCCUACAAAAUAAUGAUAUAUUUUAUGCUAAAAUAAUUGAUUACGAUGAUUUAAUACCAAUCGUAACAAUUACUUAUGAGAAUAAUGAUUUAGUUUAUAAAAAUCUCAUUGAAAAGGGAAUUUUCAUUGAAACUAAUAAGAUAUGAUUAUUUUUUUAAUAUUGUAAUAUGUGUUUUUAGUCACACAAGACAAUGAUUCUAGUAAUUUUAUGUUCCUUUGAGCUCUAAGCUAUCAUUUUUUGUUUUCUUUAUCAUGUGAAUAUAUUCACAAAAAAAUGUAUUCUAAAAUAACUCAGCAUUUUAUUUUGUUAUAAGAUCAAAGUCGUAUGGCUCAUUACCCUUUAUCUUUUCAUUAUUUAAAAUACUUGUAAGUUUUUCUGUUCGAAAUAAAAUACGUUGAUUUAG